AACCCGGAAGCGACCAAUCUCGCGGCAACGAUCACGUUGCUCCGGUCUUUGCAUUUUGGGAGGAUUUGCUAACCCUCAGGAUGCCGUCGAUAGAAUUCGACGAUUCCAAGCCCAGCUGGGCCGACCAGGUCGAGGAGGAAGGAGAUGAGGGGACACUGCCACCCAUCAAAGAAAUUAUCAAAGGAAAUAUUAAGACUAUUACAGAAUACAAAAUAGAUGAAGAUGGGAAGAAGUCAAAGAUUAUUCGGACCUUCAAGAUCGAGACAAGGAAAGCCUCUAAAGCUGUUGCCAGAAGAAAAAACUGGAAGAAAUUUGGAACCUCUGAAUAUGAUGCACUUGGCCCUAAUGUUGCUACCACCACGGUCAGCGACGAUGUCUUCAUGACCUUCCUAUCCAGCAAGGAGGACUUGAAUGCCACAGACCAGGAUGAGGAUCCCAUGAACAAGUUGAAGGGGCAGAAGAUAGUGUCAUGUCGUAUCUGCAAAGGCGACCAUUGGACGACCCGUUGUCCCUACAAGGACACCCUGGGGCCAAUGCAGAAAGAAUUGGCCGACCAGCUCGGGCUCUCGACUGGUGACAGUGCUAAGCCUGCUGGCUCUGCUGAACCAGAGCCUGCCCAGCCAGCUCAGAGCAAGACUGGCAAAUAUGUGCCCCCCAGCCUGAGGGACGGAAGCACGCGGAGGGGAGAGUCCAUGCAGCCCAACCGCCGAGGAACCGAUGACAAUGCCACCAUCCGUGUCACCAAUCUGUCUGAGGACACCCGGGAGACUGACCUGCAAGAGCUCUUCAGGCCCUUCGGCUCCAUCUCCAGGAUCUACCUGGCCAAGGACAAGAACACUGGGCAGUCCAAGGGCUUUGCUUUCAUCAGUUUCCAUCGCCGUGAGGAUGCAGCCAGGGCCAUCGCAGGAGUGUCCGGAUUUGGAUACGAUCAUCUUAUUCUCAACGUUGAAUGGGCAAAGCCAUCCAACAACUGAAGAAAACUAUCUGAAUAAUUCCAGGAAAAUGCCAGAUAUUAUCCAUGUAUUAAAAUAUGGCUGAUAAAAAUAAAAUCUUAAAUGUCA